CAUCCACCCACCCACCCACACAGCCACCCAUACAUACAGACUGCAACACUGAGAUAUGACCACUUUUUGUUUUCUGAAGGAUUUGUCAGCAACGUUUGGCGCCAUGCCUCGCCCAAGUCUCUGUUGAGCCCGCUGUCCUCGGCCGGCAAGGCGCUGGUCAAGCCCAUGCGUACUCUUCUGGAGGAACAGCAAAGUCGCCCGCUUCUGAGGCGGGACACGGAGGAGUCCCACGAGGUUGAGGAUGUUCUGGGAGAGGAGCAGAAGUCUGGCGGCGGUGGCGGUGCGGGGGACGUCGUGCGUCGUAAGCUGGACCCCGAGGCAGACGCAGGCAGCCUGGACUCUGAUGAUUUUGCCGACAUGGAGGGGGAGCAGGGCCCGGCCUCGGGCAAAGGGAACAAGCUGGGUUUAAACAUGACCCCCUCCUCCACAGCUGAUAGUUUGGCAGACACCCACGGUAAAGGCUACACAGCGAGCAUGACGUCCAGCGGCUACGGCUCCCAGGCAGUGUCCACUCUCACUCUGUCCUCGGAGGACUCGGCCAGCAUCAAGAGCAUGGAAGAGAACAUGGAGCCCUCCGCUGGUGGCACGCAGCAGCAACAGCCGCGCAGGAAGCUGCACAGCGCCGAGAACACCAUGGACAGCGACGAGAUGGACGGAGACAAGUCUGGCGACUUGCCCCUGGAUGAGGACAUGGACAGUGUGCAGGCCGAGGCAGACAGCUCAGACUACACCCUGAAGCAAGACUCCGCCUCCUCCCCUCUCAACUCUCCUGACGUUUCGACUUCCGAAGCCACUGUGAACGACAGUACUGAGGAAGGAAGGAGAGCCGAAGAGGAGAAGGAAUGCGAGAAGAAAGUUGCUGUCGCUGCCGUUGGGGAUACAGAUCUGCUGAUUGUGGAGGAGGGGGAUAAAGGAGUGACAGAAGAGGAGGAGGAAGAAGAGGAGGAAGAGGGAGGAGUAGUGACGGAGGGUGAGAACGACCUCUACAGCGUCAACGCGAUGGAGGAGUUGGAAAAGUUGGGUGAGGGAGGAAACGUCGCGGAGGAAGAGGAAGACAGCGAGGAGGCAGUUGGUCCGACCGCCACCUCAAACGCUUCGUCCUCCUCCUCUGGCAGUGAUGGCGAGGCAGGAAAACCGACGGCCGCCACAACUGCAAACACAGCCCCCCUACCCAUAAUAAAUACUCCGGAAAACAACAAAAGUGCAAACAAACAGACACACGUUGUCAUCAAAAGCUCGCCGUCCCCUACCCCGAUGACGCACGGUGCGACGACGGCGCAGAAGCAAGGAGGAGGGGAGAGAAGCCACCCCUCGGGGGACCAUCAUCAGCACGCCAAGACUACGAUGAUGACGCCGCCGCCAGGCAACAAGGGCAAGAAGUCCUCGCUGACCCCCAACAAGCGGCGGGGGUCGUGGGUCAAGCCCCGCCCCAUGUCCAUGGUGGUCUCCCCGGAGACAGAGUCCUUGACCUUGGCCUGGCAGGAGGAGAUGAGCCCGUGCGGGGACGGGAUGUGUCUAGACGAGCACUCGACUUACAACGAGGACGCCCUCAGUGAGUGUUCCUUCGGCAGCCGAGCCGACCUUGACCGCCUGCACGAGGGUCCCGUCCCGUCCUGGAUCCAGGACGGAGAGAGCGUGACCGUAACCUCCUCCCGCGGGUUCCCCAAGACGGGCACGGUGCGGUUUGUGGGCUCUGUGCAGUUUGCCCACGGGGUCUGGGUCGGUGUGGAGCUGGACCAGCCGGAGGGGAAGAACGAUGGGGCCGUCAAAGGCAUCCGCUACUUCCAGUGCCGGCCGCGACACGGCGUCUUCGUGCGCCCCGACAAGCUGGUCUGGGACAAGAAGAGGAAGAACUCUCGCAAGGGAGCCAACCCGCUGAACCGCCGGAGCAUGCCGGGACUGAGCGGCUCCGUGGGCAACUUGGUGGCAGGGGGAGGCAACUCGUCCUCGGGCUCCUACAUGCGCUCGACGGCCGCCAGCAGCUUGAAGAGGAAGUGAUGUCAUCCACUAUAAAUAGCUCACAGCACCCUACUUCCUUCCUCGUUCACUUUGAUAUCAUGAAUAUUUUCGUCGACGAUACUUAAGAUCUUGAACUUGCUUGUUUUCAAUGUCCGGUUUUUCCCCCCUGUGAAUAGUCCACCACUGGCUUGUUGUUUAUGCUCCUUGAACAAGUUUUCACGUCUUAUCUUCUCUCGUGUAUCAUCAUGGGGUUGUUGUUUUUUUCUUCUUUUCUUGUAGUUUUCAAUUUUUACCCUGAAAGAAAAAUGUCCAACUUAAAGACGGAUGUAAAGUAUUGGAGCUGAUGUAUGGGAGCUUUAUGCUGGAAGGUUUCUGUGACCAUUUCUUCGUCUCAAUGAGUCUUACGAAACUGUCACUGCAUGGUAAAUGGAAUCGAUAUCUCAUAGUGGUAUGAUGGGCCUGAUAUCUUUUGAUGGGGUUACAAUUUUCAGUCCUGAAAUGAUUAUGAUGAAAGCGGUAAUGUUGCUAUUUUAAAGCAUAAAGAGCGAUUCAAGAGGAAAUGGAAAGUGUGAAUACCAGAAGCUGUAUAUGGUUACAGUACGGUAUGUGUAAAGAAACCCGAACCUGGCAGUGAAGGAGAAUUCUAUUACAAGGAAGAAGUUGUUGGCACAUUCUCGUGAGAAUGGUAGUGUGGUUACUUGGACUAGACAGACAGUUGAGCUGUUCUGAGAUGAGCUUUACAAUGUGGUAGCUAUUCUAUGAUGAGAUGUGUGAACUUUGAAUAUAUUGUUGGACGGCAAUGAGAAGAGGGAUAACGAGAACAAACCAAAAAAAAGCUGAUGUUGCUUUUUUUGUGUUGUACAUGAUAAAGAUGCCAAUUUCAGAAACUGCUUCUCAGCGGUGA